AUGCCUGCUCAACCUCUCACAAUUCCUCUCCAUACUCCUUACAAAAUGGGAAAGUUCAACCUUUCUCAUAGAAUUGUUUUACCACCACUGGCUAGAAUGAGAUCAUACAAUAAUAUUCCACAGCCACAUGCCAUCUUAUACUACUCUCAGAGAACAUCUCAAGGGGGUCUUCUCAUAGCUGAAGCCACUUUUGUUUCUGAAACAGAUCAAGGGUGGGUGAAUAAUCCUGGUUUAUGGACAACGGAGCAAGUUGAAGCUUGGAAACCGAUUGUUGAUGCUGUUCAUGCUAAAGGCGGUGUCUUCUUCUGUCAGAUUAUGCAUCCAGGGAGGGUUUCAAAUAGCGGUUUCCAGCCAAGGGGACAAACUCCAAUCUCUUCUACUGACAAGCCACUAACCUCACAAAUACUAACUAAUGGCUUUGCUGUUGCUGUUGCUGUUGCUGAAUACACACCUCCAAGACGAUUAAGGACAGAUGAGAUUACACAAAUUGUCAAUGAUUUUAGACUUGCUGCAAGGAAUGCUAUCGAAGCUGGCUUUGAUGGGGUUGAAAUUCAUGGGGCACAUGGCUACCUGAUUGAUCAGUUUAUGAAAGACCAAGUGAACGAUCGAACAGAUGAAUAUGGUGGAUCGCUGGAGAAUCGUUGCCGGUUCCCCCUGGAAAUCGUUGAAGCUGUUGCUAAUGAGAUAGGAGCAGAUAAAGUUGGAAUUAGAUUAUCUCCAUUUGCCGACUAUAUGGAAUCAGGGGAUUCGAAUCCGAAAGCAUUAGGCCUUUAUAUGGCCAAAUCCUUGAACAAAUACGGGAUCCUGUACUGCCAUGUGGUUGAGCCAAGAAUGAAGACAGUUGGAGACAAAAGUGAAACCCCUUACAGUCUUCUGCCCAUGAGAGAAGCUUUCAAAGGCACCUUCAUUGCUGCUGGUGGUUUUGACAGGGAAGAUGGGAACAAUGCUGUGGCAAAGGGCCAUGCAGAUCUUAUUGCUUAUGGACGUUGGUUCUUGGCUAAUCCAGAUUUGCCCAGGAGAUUUGAGCUUAAUGCUCCUCUAAAUAAGUACAACCGAGAGACAUUCUAUACAUCUGAUCCGGUUAUUGGUUACACUGAUUAUCCAUUUCUUAAAACUACUGCUUAA